AUGAUAAUUUGCAUUCCUCGAUUAUACUAAUAAAUUAAUGUAAUAAUAUUACAAUAAAUAACAGUCAUUUUAUAAAUAACACAAAUACUAUUGGUAAUGGAGGAUCUAUUUAUGCUACUGAUAAUUAAUUCAUUUAAAUAAAAAAUACAGUUUUUAAGCUAAAUCAAUGCUAAUCAUAAAAUGGAGGAGCUUUAAGUAUAAAGAAUAGUUUUGAAAUUGCUAGUCUAACUAUAUAAAAGAGCGCUUUUAUAAAUAAUUAGGCUUAAUUAUCUACAGGUGGAGCUAUUAAUUUGGUGAAUUCCAAUUUGGUGAUGGAAAAUUCUGUAAUUUCUUCAAAUAAGGCCUUGAUUGGUGGCGGAAUCUAUUAUUAAUAAAUAAUUCCUGAUUUUGUAUUAGAUUUUAUGAAGAAAAUCAAUAAUAAUAAUAUAAUCUCUUAAAAUUUUGCAAAGCUAUAUGGAAAUAAUUUAGGAUCUACAUUGAGAAGUAUUAAGAUUAAUUUAAAGGAUAUAGAAACAUCAAGGAAAACAUAAAUAAUAGAAAAUAAAAAUAAUUAAAUUUAUGUCAAUUAAUUUUUAAGUGGAGAUUAAAUAACUUUUAACAAAAUUUAAUUGCUUGAUGAGGAGGAUAAACCUAUCUUUAUACCUAGUGAUGCUAAUUAUAUUCGCACUUAAUAAUACAGCACUGAAGUUUAAUCAAUAUUGUAGUAAAUUAGUGUUUCUUUGUAGUGGGACUAAUCUUCAUAGUAAAUAUAAUGUCUUGGAGAGUUGUAAUCAAAGUAAUUUACAAACAAUGGAUUUAAACUGAAUGCAUAAAUUAUAUAUAAGCCAAAUAAUUAAAUGAUCUUGCAAGUUGUUUCAAAUUUAUUUCCAAAAAUUUCUGAUUCAAAGGGGAAUGUAUAUUUAAAGCAGUACUAACUUUAUAAAAACAUCACUAUUAAUUUCAAUAGCUGUUAAUUGGGUUAAAUUACGAAGCGUUAAAGCAACUCAAUAGUUUGUGAGGAUUGCCCUGAAGGUAAAUACUCUUUAAGCUUGUAAGAUAGUUCUUGCUUAUAGUGUCCUGAUUCAGCUAUUAAAUGCUAUCAGUCAAAAAUUCUUUUAAAAAAUGGAUAUUGGAGAGAAAAUAAAUUUACAGAUUAGAUAAUAUAUUGUAAUUUUCAUCCUAAUUUAUGCUAAGCUGAGUCAAAAUUAUCUAAAGAAUAUUGUAUAGCUGGAUAUAAAGGUCCUCUUUGCUACUCGUGUGAUACCUAUGGAGAAAUAUGGGGCAAAAGGUAUCAAUAAAUAUUUAGUUAGGGAGAAUGCUACAGUUGUGAGGGAAAUAGCUAUAUCAUAAUCACAUAAAAUUUAGUUUUAUUCAUUAUCAUCUUUUACUAUAUAUUUGCCCUUUUAAGAAAUAUAAUCAAUAAAUAGCAAGCUAAGUUAGCAGGCUACUUUAUCACUAAAAUGGAUUUAGUCUAUUUAGGGUCAACGUUAAGAUAAUAAGAUAAGCCUUAGAUAAUUUCCAAAAUUUUAACUGAUCACCUUCAGAUAUUGUCUUUAUUGAGCUUUUUUAAUUUUAAUAUUCCUAACUAUUUUAAGAUUCCAAUUUAGGUAUCCGGAAAUUCUAUGAGCCUAACAAGCAAAUCUAUUGAUUGCUUUUUUUCAAGAUAUCCAAACUUAAAACCUUUAUGGUUUUAUUAAUCCUUGUGGUCAUUAUGUUUACCACUUUCUGUACUCUCUCUUUAUUUAAUAUUUGGCUUUAUUUUAAGGUAUUUUAAAAAAAAUACAAAUAUUUUUAAAUACUUAAAUACUGCAUGUAUCUUCAUUUAUCUUUAUUUUUAUCCGAUGAUUAUUAUGCUAUUUAGCAGGUCUUUGAAUUGCCUAUAAAUUGGUGAUAAAAGCUAUCUUGAUUUAGAUGUAAAUAUAUUAUGCUACGACCCUUAAUAUCAUAAACCAUAUGUUAUAUUCUACUGCAUACCAUUACUAGUUUUUUGGGUAGUUAUUGUUCCACUAUUUUUAUUUUUAAAAAUUAGAAAUGGGAAAAUGAAAAAAUGGCCAAUCUUUACUGAAAUAAAGUAUUCUUUUAUAUUUGCUGGAUAUAAAGAAAAGUAUUAUUAUUGGGAAUUUGCUAAAUUAUUUUAUAAAUCAAUUCUAAUUUUGAUAACUACAUUACUUCAACAGAAUAUUUUAUUAAAAUUGAGCAUGCUAAAUGCUGUUAUCUUAUUAUAGAUUUAUAUAAUAUUUAAGGCCAAGCCUUUCACAGUUUAGAAUUUCAACAAUUUAUUAUAAAGAUCAGCAAUUUUAUGUGCUUUAUCUCUAAAUUUAACUUAGAUUAUUGCUAGUGUAACAAAUAUAAAUUUGAUUUUAGAAGCUAUUUUAAUUACAAUAUUAAUUUUUUUAAAUCUUAAAUUUAUAACUUAACUGGUGAUUGGAAUAUGUCUAAUUACAAUACAAAAUGACAGAUAAAAAAGAAGUACUAUCUAAAAUUGCUUCUUAUAUUGUAUAUCAAAAUACCCUUCUUUAUUUGAAAAUAUUCAAAUUUAAUAAGGUUAAAUAAAAGUAAGCUCUCUUUUGAAAAUAAAGUUAGUUAAAAAUAAAGUUAAACAUUUAGUUAAAUACUUUAAACAACAUAGCUUCUUUAAUUAAGAAUCUUUGCAAGAGCACUUUCAACUCUAAAGAAAUUAAAUCCUUUCUCCUAAAUUAGAAAAAUAGUCAUAAACCAAUAGAUUUACUUUAUUAUCUGGAAACGAAACUAUCAUUGGAUAACAUAAAAAGAUAAAUUCUCUCAAGGGCAUGAGAGAGAAAUGGUCAUACUAUUCAAGAAAAGCGAAAGAAAGUCCACUAAGUAUGCAUAAAUAUGAUAGUUAAGAUAAAUUCUAGAAUUCACCCAAAGAAUUAGCUCUUACUGAAACUGCAAACAUGUAAACUUAUACUUGUAAUGAUGAAUUUGGAUUAUCAAUAACCAGCGAUGAUAAAUUAAAUAAAAAUAUUAAUUAACAUUUGAACAAUAAAUAAUGAUAAAAUUAAAAUAGUCUCUUAAUUAAAAAUUAUGAUAAAUAAAAUAAUGAGAUUUAAACACUACUUUUUAAUUUUAUGUUCUUAAAAAUAUCAUUUUUGUUUUUUAUCUUAAAUUAAUCCAUGUUAAAUAAAUUUAACCAUUUUUAAUUUGAACAUCUU